AUGAAAGUGGAUUUACUCAACUGGGAUGGAAAAUUGAAGAGAUUGGAAUUUGGCCAUGUUGGGGACACUGUCUACAAAGGAAUUGAAAUGGAAGGAUUGGUUGGUGUUGAGGAAAUGACAAGGCCCAUGGCAUUGGCAUUGGCAUUGGAAAGCAAAAGACAAAGUUGA